CUCCUGCUACUUUCUUUCUUUUUUUUUUUUUUUUUAAGUCGGCUUCAGCCCACCAGCUGCUUUCCAUUAGUGUUACACACACACUCGCCGGGAGGGCUGCACAUAUUGCUUCAGGCGCUGCUGAAUAGCAGAAAUCCUUCAGAGUCAGUCAGACAGAGGCUUCUCAAAGCAGACUAUAGGCACUGAGAGUUCAGCCCACUGGGAGCUGCCUUCUAGCAAGCCUUCGCUGGAAAGCUGAGUGACUAUAUCAUGGCUACGGGGCCAACAGAUGUCAUACAGUCACCUGAACCAGGGGAGACAGCCGAAGAGUACACAGGAAAGAAAAAAUCCAGAUUUCAGACUUUCAAGAACUUCUUUGCCAAGAAGAAAAGGAAAGAACCUCCACCUCCCAGAGGGGAGAGUAACUUAAAACCUAGCCAGUCCAUCAGGGACGUCAGCAUCUAUGUGCUCGAUGCUAACCCACUUCAUUCACCGAAGGAGGCUGGGCCCAAAGGAAACAUGGGAAACAAAGCCUUGUCUCAUGACAGUGUCUUCAUUUUUGAGUCUGUAUCAGGAAGUGCAGCAGGUGACACGUCAUCUCAGGAAUGCAUACCUGGAAGAGUGAAAACUUUGCAGCUUCAGCUGCAGCAAAACAUCAGGCUUGGAUCUCCUCCACUUGUUAUCACUGGAAAGAAAACGGAAGAUGCCGGCACAGUUUCGGAGGACGAUGGGUUGCCCAGAAGCCCUCCUGACAUUUCAACCCUUCAUGAAGUUCUGACCGAUUCACCAAGCAAGUCCUCCAACCCUGUUCAACGUCAUAGCUCUUUGAGUUUAGGCGGGACAGACAGUGAAGAUGAACAGAUACCUUCUGGAGAUUCCUCCAGGCCCAUCAGUCCUUCAGCCUCUGCUGCUCCAGGGGCUGCAGGCUCACGGGGCAGCAGCUCCCUUCCCAUUGACUUCACCAUCCCUGCCAGCCCCCUGGGCUGCCUGGACACCUCUGCUGCUCGGCACCGCAUUGCCAUCAACCCCCGGAGACAGAAGGGCUUCACCAGCAAGAGCCAGCAAAGCCAGGUGGAACACAUAGAAAAAGAAGCAUGCCUUUGUGAAACUCCGGAAAAGAAGGGAAAUCCAACAGAAUUACUUGAAAGUGACCAGCAUAAAAGCGAUUGGGAAGGCUUAUCAGCCCAUGUGGAGCAUGGUGAAAAGGGAGGCGGUUCUAAGGAGACACCAAGUGUAAAAUGUCCUGCUGAUGCUGACCCUGACUCCUACAGUUCCACACUUAUGGCAGAAGACUCUUGUACUCUGCUGCAAGAAGAUGCAUGCCUUCCAGAUGUGGACCAUCACUGUAAUGCAGCCACAUCUCUUCUGAGACCUGAGUCUCCUCCAGUGAGCCUGGGGGAACAGCACAGUGCUGCAGUGCCGCAGUGUUCAGGUGAGACUUCUGGGGAACUGAAUUUACAUCAGCAAAAUACCAAUAUGGAAGCAUCUGCACUUCCAAAAUCUCAACAAAUUGAAGCAGGAGCUGUUGUGCUUCCAGGUGUACUAGCAGCUAACUUGUUUAGCAGUGGCACUGAAAUGGAGAGUAUAACUGCAUUGGCAUAUGUUGCACAAAACUCCCCAGCAAAAUCUGUGGACCAAAAUGUCAAAGACCAGGAAAAGGUGGGUACACUAUUGAUUGGCAAAGUAGAAGCUUCUCUGGGUAUUAAUGAGAGCUGCUCCAACCAGUCUGUCUUAAAUACCGCUCUGAGCACUUCACAGGUUGCUGUAGCUGAUUCAGAGUGUUCUGACGUCAAGACAGUGGAUGUUUUGAAGUCUGACAACAGCUCAGUAACAAGAAAUGACAGUGAAACUUGUGAAAAAACAGAAUUUCAGCCAUCCAAAGGCAGUGCAGGAAAAAAAACAGACACUGCCGCGUCUGUGUUAGAAGCAGGUUGCAUGCUACCUCCCAGCAAAUUGGAACUAUGCCUUAAAGCAGCAAAACCUUGUCCUGUUUCAAAGGAUAACCAUGUCAGUCAGCAAACCUGCACAUCACAUGCUUCUGAAAAGCUUUCCAUUGAAAGUCUGGCCUCUUCAAGUUUGGCUGGACUGACAUGUAAUGUCUCUUCUAAUGAUGACUGUAAGUACCAAGUAAGCAGUGCAGCUUCUCACAGGAAACCAGAGAAAGACAGUCAGUCCUCAGAAGAAAAUAUACAAAGUCUGCUAAGGACUGCUGCUGCAAAGCCAGUUAGGUUUACCAUUGCACCUGCAUGGCAAAGAUCUCUCUCGGGGGGGUCAAAUUCAAAGGAAGAUUCCUAUAUGAGAAGUUCCCCAACCUCUCCUGUAAGACCAGAGUUAUUUGAAGGAAUAACAAAACAACAUGCAGUCAUCCAGGACUCCAUGAAAAAUAACUCCAACAGGUUUGAUCGAGAUUGUAGGGAUGGUGAUUUGCAUUUGAAUUCUUCUCUGGAGUGGGCUGACCAUGAAGCAAAAAGUGUUGAAAAUCCUUUUGGGGUCAAAUUAAGGAGGACAUCUUCUUUACUGAAGUACCAGAGUGAAAGCCGUGCUGAGUCUCCAAAGCUGCUCCCCUCAGCUGCUCCCACUGCUUCUGCUGCAGUCAAGGAGGAUCAGAAGCCAGCGAGCAUUGGGAAGCCAUCUCCAAGCCUUCCUGUCAGCACAACAUCAUUUUUAAAACAAGCUGAUUUGGAAGACAAAAGUCCUGCCAAGACAAGAUCAGAAGAAGGGACAAAGAAGCAAAAUGGUACUAAACCUUCAGAAAAAGUAUUCUCUCUCCAUUUGGAAACUGCUUCCUCCGAGCCAGCUUGGAUCUCCGUGGCAAAACUAAAACAAAAGGGUUUCCAGGACCACCCUCUUGCCAAAGAACAGAAGGCUGAAGAGCAAACCUCGAGCAAAGUUGAUCAAGAGGAGCAAAUCAUCUGUGGUAGUGAGAACAUACAGAAGAACAUGCCUUCUAGCUUGAGGACUCAGGAGAAGAAACCACAAAUGAAGACCAGUGUGUGUGCUGCAGCAGGUAAAGUUGGACCUAUUGCUCAGGAAGCAUCUGUGAUUCCUGCUGUUGAAAAGGAAACAAGACACUCUUCUAACCUGCCAAUGACACCAUGCAGUCCUGCUGAACCACCCUGGCUAUCCCUGGCCAAGAAGAAAGCCAAAGCAUGGAGUGAAAUGCCCCAGAUUGUACAAUAGCAAAUGACGUGGACAUCCUUCUUUGCACCGUCAGUAGCUGCAUUAACUCCAUUUAAAUCCUUCUUCACUGUGAUCAUUUUUCCAAGAAAUUAGAGCCUUAGAACUUUUGUUCAGACUGCUGUAUGUGAACAUACAGUGAAGAAAUGCCACCCGGGGCUCAAUUUUGAAGUAUUAGCAAGCAGAGCAUUUUGUACUACCAACUACUAGGAAAACUUGAUCUUUAUGUCAUACACUUACGUAUUUGACUAAAAGACACUGGUGUUCUAAGAAGAUGUGCUUCAGGCUUUUGAAAUGUUCCCCUUGCUAAAUAUGUUUUUAAAGUUUCCAUGAACGAUGUAGUGUUCUGUGCAAUGUGUUUUUGGCUAAGGAAUUAAUGUAUGCUACAAAAUAGGUAUGAUGCUGUAUACUGAUGCAUCACUGUGACUCAUGGGCAUUGAUGUCAUCACACUUGUGUGUAAUGGCCCGCUUUUGCUUCUGAUUGUUAAUGGACCUAUUUUGUGAUAGCUGCGGGAUGCAAACAGCAGCACUGUGAGUUGGAGUCAUUUUGCCUUUUGGAUGAUUUGAAAUCACAAUGCUGCAGGUCUUGUGCUUUGCUCAGUGAUGCCAGGUGGAAUGACCAAAGGCACAUGCCUCCUUUUCUCUCCCACAUCCUAGAAAACCAUCAUGCUCUAGCAUCCACUCUGUUUUUGGUUGUCUGUUUGGAAAUCUGGAAUAAUCUACCAAAAAAACCCACAAACCAAACCCUCAAAAAACUUCUUCCUUUAAUUAUGGCAAAGAGUGGUUUCUUUUUUGUAAGAUUCAUCAGCAAACCCUCUCUCUUAAAGAGUGGCAGCGGAUGGAAACUUGUUGCUACCUGGAAAUUCACAGCAUGUGUUCAACAAAGGCCACUCCAUUUUCCAUGUUCUUGUGUGAUAAAGGAGCUGCUUUCCCCAGUGAGUCAUCCACCCUUAAUUGGUAACCCAACAUCAGACUAAAAAUGCCAUCAUUGAAGGGAGCAGGCUAUUGAAAGAAAAGCUUUAUAAAAUGAUGUUAGUGGCUUAAAAGCCAAUGGCACCCAGUGGUCCUUUUUGUGUUUUCUUGCAGGAUUGCACAUUUAAAUUCUUGUUUACAGUCAGUGCAAACUUUGAAGGCUGACUUGGCUGAUGGGCAGUUUUUAGUUGGAAAGGUGGUAGGUAUUUUUGAGGAAAAAAGUUAGGACUAAUUGCAAAACAAAAAAGAGGUAUCACAUAGGAAGACUUCAAUCUUCCAGUCUUGGCCCAAAUUUAAAUAUAUAGAUCACAAUAAUCGCAAACAGUAUUAAUUAAGAGCUAGAUUGUGGACUCUUCUAUAUAGGUGAAAACUUACUCAAGUAGGCACACUGAAGCUAUAGAUUCUGUUUGUUUCGUACUGACACAAAAAAGACGAAGAGUUUCACUGCUGGUUUGUUAAUCCAGGCCUAUUUUAUUACUUGUUUUCUUUCUUUUAACAGCAAUUUCUUCUUUUGCAAAAAGAAGUAUCUGAAGUAUCUGUAUUCCUCUGAAGCCUUUGAGUGUGACAUAAAUGGACAUACUCAGCUUUGAUUUCUGAGGUUCUGUCCAGCUGCCACCCCAUCAGACCCUUACUGACCCCAUGUAAAAUACAUGUAUUGCCUUAUUCAGCAAACUCUUCUCUUUCAGUUAGUGGGACUUGUGGUCCUUUCCCUAAAGUACCGCAAAUGUUACUAGAAUCCCUGCCCUGUUUUUGCUUUUGAUCUUGUUUCCAUUAUGUUUGGUAUGUACAGAUGCUUUUGUAAUCCUUGUCUUGAAGGAACCCCUUUUGUAUUCCAUUCUCAUUUUUAUUUUACUAUUAAAUGUGGUUGUCAGUGGUGAUGAUGCAAUUCCUUGGAAACAGUGAGCAAUAGAUGGCCCUCGUUUGGAAAGGAAGGAAAGGAAACUAUAAGGAAAAAUUUAAAAGAGGUACUUGCCUAAUAUGUACUCUCUGUAUGGAUAUAGUGCAUAGAUCUUGUCUUGGAUGACUUUGUGUGGUCUGGCACUGAUCAGCACAGCUGGUCAUACUAAUAAGGUUUCCUAAAUCUAUUUAGGAAUGUAAAACAUCAUCAGAGGGCCAACGGCUCCUUUUGUUCUGGGGCUGCUGCAGCUCCAUAGGUCAUGGCCAGCUUGCGCUGCUGUGAUGACAAGAAACUUUGUGAAUACUCAUUCGAAGGGAUUUCAGAGUUACUCACCAGCCACUUGGGGUUGCUUUCAGAAAGAAGAAAGGAACAUGAGAAUCAUGUGAUGCUGCAUUUAGUAUUUACUUGCCUUCUGGGUUUCUGAAGUUAUUUUAUUCCAGUUUCUUUCUACAGCCAGGAGGACAAAAAGCUUGGAGAGGAAGAAAUCAGAACUAGACUCAUGUAACCACAAGGUGAGGUUUUAAAAUCAACAUUGAAUCACUGGUGAUUUACUGAUACAUUUAUAAAAGCUGACUGUUGCAUUUGUGAGGCUCCGACUUCCCAUUGCCCACUUGUAGAUUGUAGGUGAUGGAUGAGUGCAGAUAACUACCAUAGUGAGCUCAUUCUGCAUGGUUUAAGAAAACGAAAAAGCAAAAAAACACCAAAGCAACAUGAUCACUUACAAAUACAAUCACUGCUUUUGGAAAUUAGCUGCCUCAAAGUCACUGCAAAGUCACGUUGCCAAGAGUGUAACUGUGAGGUUCUGUGGCUCAGGGCCUUCAGCAAGGGAUCUUGAGGGCUGUCCCUGAGAUGCCCUGCACUCAGGGCUGGCACUGGGCUUCAGCUGGCUUUGGUGCUCCUGUACAACAGCAGAGGGUGCUAGUGCCAUCCCCAAGGAGAACAGGGCUUCUGGGUGUUGCAGAAAGCAGAUUCCCACAUGCAGCUCGCUAUACAGUAUCACAGCUGGGAGACUGGAAGCUUUGGUGAAAGUGGAGGAGACAGAGUGAGGUGUGUUGCUGUUUGUGAUAUGAUGGAGGUUUUGGAGCUAUGAAGUGUGGGAAAAAAAAUGCUUUAUCACAAGGAGUCACUGAAAACUGGUGCCACUGAUAGGAAAAGGUAGCGAGUUCAGUUGUGUGAGGAGGCCAUGCAGGAAGAUACAGGACUGUGUCCAGCAGGGAAUCGCAGCUUAGAAUUUUAGUUCUACUGCUCAGAAUGCCUGCUGCCUGGCUAAAGGUAGAUCUUCAUCCAGAUACAGGAUCUGAUGUUUUUAUGGGAGAGAUCACAGAUACAAACAGCAGCUUGGCAUGCACCUCACUGGAGAUUAUGGAAGUUCCUCUUACUGUAACAGUGACCUACAAUGAAUCGGGCUAAAAGAGACUGCUAUGUUAUCAUCCAGCUGUGAAUCAGCUUACAAUUAACUGGGCUUGCAGGCAAGUAGGAAUUAAUCCAUUUAAACAAAGAAAUAAGAAAAUAAUUCAAAAGACCUCCAAAGCUACGCACUACUAUCAGUACUCCAAAACAUUUUCAUUACCAGAACGUGGCUUAGCAUCUCCUUAAAUAUACCCAAAGAAUCAAAAACCCCUGGAUAUCACGAUGGAGCCAGUCCUCAUUUCAAUGACCAUGGUUUAGAAGGUCUUGGAAUAGUGAGGAAUGACUGACCAUUCUGAAAACUCUGCUGUCCUGUUUCCUGCUGGGACAGAGAAAGUCCCCUAAGCAGCAAUAGACUCUUUUUAAUUGCUUGAAUUUAUAUACCUAUAGAUUUAAUAUUACAGUAGAACUUCUCAGCUUAGAAAGGUUGAGCUUGUCCCAUUUGCUCAGUUAAGUGCUUUGCAGAUCAAUACAGAAAAGGCAUUAGGCAUACUUUGUCCUUCAGAACUGUUACUGGAAGGAUUCUAGUAACCACAGAGGCAAUUAGCUGCCUACAGAGUCAGACACUUGUCCCUCUUUGUCUUUUCCUCUAGUGCAUGCUUCCCUACCUGCAUUUACAUUGAGCUUCCCCAGUUUGACAAACAUCUCAUCAUUUUCCACUGAAAUGUUGGCAAUUAAGGUGUGGAACCCCUCACAUUUAGGUAAUGCUGACAUCUGUUUAGGAUUUUGGCCUUGGUUUGUUGCUUGGUACACUUGCAUUCUAUGCGCAUUUUGGCUUGUACUCAAAGAGUCAUUAUUCAUUAUGGGGUGUUGCUGUUCUUACAGCCCGUCAGUUCUUGCUACAAAGGUUGGGUGCAACCUUUUUUUUAAAACAAACAAACAAACACACACAUUUUAUAGAAAUAAGCAGGUGGGAUAAACUGCAAAUUCCAAACUUGGAACACAAAACCAUGCGUCUUCACAGAUCAGAAAAGCUGCUCAGGUAUUUCCAGCUGGAUGAAUG